AUCGACUAUCGUAUCGUUUUUGCUCCAAUCCUGUGUCCGGUCUAGUUUUUUGAGGUUAAGUUACCUCAAAAAUAAAAGCUUCAAGUAAAUAUUUCCAAUUGAAAAAUUACUGAUUGUUUCAAAAAUUUUGUAAUAAUAUGAGAGUUAAGUAUCCGUUCCCAAAAUUGUUCCCUGCCAGUGGCGGUGGGAAAAAUGUGCCGCAUGCAGAAAAAGCAAUUCGUUUUAUCAGAUAUGGGUGUGCAAAUCGGCCGUUUUAUCACAUAGUUGUAUCAAUGGCACAUCGAUCAGAACGUGACCAUCCCAUUGAACAGCUCGGCAGCUAUGAUCCAUUGCCUAACAAAUACAACGAGAAAUUGGUCGCUCUAAACGUUGAGAGAAUUUUAUAUUGGAUUGGAGAAGGAGCAUCACUGUCAAAACCUAUUGCUCAACUUCUAGGCCUGUCUGGACUGAUGCCCGUCUACCCACUGACCUACCUGAGAGCGCAGAUCAAUCGCCGCCAAUCUGCUGAGAUUGCAGAAAAACUGAAAACAGCCACUGAGACUGCCGAAAGAAACAAGGCCGAAGCAGCCCAAAGCUCUUGAACGUUCUCUCACAAAAACAUUAUUGUACAUAGUUUGAAAUAUUUCAUAAAGUAGAGUUAGCUUCUCAA